AUGUUAAGAUCAUUAAUUGGUUUACGAGUUGGUAGACCAAUUGUUCAACAAGCAAUUGGGUUUAGAUUUUAUGCAAGUGCUACUGGUCUUAAAUCUGAUACUCAUAGAAAGAAAUUAGAAAAUCAAUUAAAAACCGCUAAACAAAGAUUUAAAGCGACAUCUACAAAAGUUAAGGAAUUAGAAUCAAAAGAAAAACAAAAAGCUAAAGAUAAAGCAAAAAGAGAACAAUUGAAGGAAAAGAAAUUAAAACAAAAGGAAUUGGAUGCUACUAAAAGAGAAAAAUUACAACAAGCUAAACUAACCAAAAAAGCUACUGAAAAUGUUCGUGCUAUUAAUUUAAGAGGUUUCAUUGCAUUUACUCAAAAAGUUGGUGUUGCUCAAUUAACUGCUUUUGUUCAAAGAUUAAGUCAAGAUGAAUUAGCUAAAUUUGAACAAGCUCAAGAAGAAUAUAAUACUAAAAAGAAAUCAUUUUUCACUCCAAAACCUGAAUUACCACCUACCAAUGGUUAUAAUGUAUUUCUUGCUGAAAGAUAUGAAGAAUUAAGAUCAUCUGGUUUAGAAAACAAAGAAUUAUUUAAACAAAUAGCUGGUGAAUGGUCUCAAAAAACUGCUGAUGAAAAAGCUGAAUAUAAAACUCCGAAAGAAAAUUCAGAAAGGAGAAAAGAAAUAUUAAAAGAAUGGACUCAAAAGAGGUUAGGCGAAUAUGAGCAAUAUUUGCAAUGGAAAGAAGAUUACAGGUUUCAUUUAUAA